UUUCGCGAUGAAACCACGGUCGGCAUUUCUUGGAACCAUAUAUUGGGUGAUGCGACUGCGUUCUUCCGCUUCACUCAUGCAUUUUCCCAAUUUUACCAAGGCUUACACCUCGUCUACCCGUCGCCUACGUUCGAGAAGCCCGUUUUCCCUGAGCCUUCGCAGUGCACCAUUGAAGAACUACGCCCACUAAUGUACUACUUCCACGAACUUUGUAGCGAGGAAGAGCUUCCUAAGAAGUACUCACAGAGAGUACACGCCUCAGAACGGGUCAAUUGGUUCUUUGAGAGGCAGGAAUUAGAGACACUCUGUAACUCUUUGCGUCAAAGAUCACCUUCAGCAGCAACCCGGCUGUCAAUCCACGACAGUCUCUCCGCAUACAUCGUCACCGUUAUAAACCGUGUCUUGCCUAAUCAAAUACGCAAGAUCAAAGUCACUGACAGCUAUCGCUUCUCUGGGGCAAGCUUCGCAUUUCCUGAUGUUGCUGGCAAUGCUGUAAUCGACGCUUUGACAGCACUGCCAGAGAACCCGACCGAUAUCACAGGUAUCGCCACAAGCAUCCGCGAGACCCUCACGCACUAUCGACAGCACGAAGUCAUCUCAACAUGGAUGUCCGUAGCCAGUCACCUGAUGCUCGCAGCUGCAAAGGCAGGGAAAUCAUUCUACUACCCUCCUUCUACCGAAAUUAUGCCCGUGAAUUCUAUGGCAACCAUCGACUGGUGUUCAGCACAUUACGGUCAACCAAAGUCGCAUAGACAUCACAUGAGUGGGCAUGGCCUACUUUAUCUGCGCGUCUUUGGCGCCAAUCCACUGCGCGGAGAUGAUGGAUCGUGGCAUGCUCCAGAGGGAAGAAUUGACAUAUCCAUCGGAGUUCCUCAGGGAUGCAGGCAAAAGGUGCUGGACAUACUAGCGCAAGGACUCGAUAGCAUCAAGAUAGAUGGUUGAACGACAUGUAUUUCAAUCUAGUAAUUCCGGCAGGAGCCCUUGCUCGUCAUCUGAAGCCUU